AUGGCGGUUGAAGAAGAUUUUGUCUUUGUCUCUUCUGCAGAAGGGAAAAAAGAAUACCCUGGAAAACUUACGGGUUAUGUCUUUUUCACUUGUAUUGUUGCUGCUUGUGGUGGUCUCUUGUUCGGAUACGAUAUCGGUAUCUCUGGUGGAGUUACUGCUAUGGCACCAUUCCUGCAGAAGUUCUUCCCAACCGUUUACAGACAGCAAAUUGGUGUUGAAUCAGCUAAUCAGUACUGUAAAUUUAACAGCGCAACUUUAACUCUAUUUACAUCAUCUUUGUAUUUAGCAGCUUUACAAGCAUCAAUUGGUGCCUCCUCUGUAAGUAAUAAGUUAGGACGCAAAUUCACAAUGUUUUGUGGAGGUUUAGCUUUUCUUGUUGGUACUUCUCUCAAUGGUUUCGCUAUGAAUAUUACAAUGCUUAUUAUCGGACGUAUGUUGCUCGGCAUUGGUGUUGGUUUUGCCAAUCAGUCUGUGCCGCUAUAUCUUUCGGAGAUGGCACCAUAUAAAUACAGGGGAGCACUUAAUAGUUUCUUCCAAUUGAUGAUUACUGUUGGAAUUUUCGUUGCGAAUGUAUUAAAUUACUAUACGGCCAAGAUGGAGAAUGGUGAAGGAUGGAGAGUAAGUUUGGGUCUAGCAGCUGUGCCUGCAAUUAUAAUGACAGUUGGUGCAGUUUUCCUACCUGAUACUCCUAAUUCCAUCAUAGAUCGUAACAAACCUGGAGAAGCUAAGAAACUUCUCCAGCGUAUUCGUGGCAUUGUGAACAUUGACGACGAAUUCAACGAUUUAGUUGCUGCGAGUACUGAAUCCAAGAAGUAUGAAGGCCAAUGGACCACCUUAAUGCAGAGAAGAUACAAACCUCAUCUAGUUAUGUCCAUACUUAUCCCAUUCUUCCAGCAAUUUACUGGUAUUAACGUGGUUAUGUUUUACGGUCCGGUUCUCUUUAAGUCAAUCGGGUUUGGUGAAUCCGCCUCCCUUAUGUCUGCUGUGAUUACUGGUAUGGUUAAUAUCUUUGCUACAUUGGCCGCAAUCAAUGUUGUGGACAAAGAGGGAAGAAGGUUUUUGUUUCUUCAGGGUGGUUGUCAAAUGUUUAUCUUUCAGGUGCUUGUGGGUAUUUUAAUAUGGAUUAAGUUCGGAGUAGAUGGCAUUGGAACGAUACCUCAAGGGUAUGCGCAACUUGUCGUUACGUGCAUUUGUCUAUUUGUGGCAGGAUUUGCUUGGUCUUGGGGUCCUCUAGGAUGGUUAGUACCUAGUGAGAUAACCCCACUUGAGAUCAGAUCAGCAGCUCAAAGUAUCACUGUUGUGGUGAAUAUGCUCUUCAGAUUCGUAAUUGCUCAACUUAUCUUGAGCAUGUUAUGCACUAUGAAGUUCGGACUGUUCUUCUUUUUCGGUGGUUUUGUGGCUAUCAUGACUCUUUUCGUCUACUUCUUUGUACCUGAGACUAAAGGAAUUCCAAUGGAAGAAAUGUCUCGAGUAUGGAAAGACCAUUGGUAUUGGGGAAGAUUUAUGACUCCAGAUAAUAACGGUGGAGAAAGAGCCGUUGGAGGUUUGAAAUCUACCGAAUGGUUGAGACUCGAUCGCUUAACAUUUUUACCAUAG